CAAUGGCGCGAGGAUAUGGACGUGAACCCGGAGGAGCUGGGCGAAUACGCGGAGGGAGACAUCCUGUUUCCGCCGAGCAUCGGAAGAAACGGUCUCGCGGCUGUCUCCGCCCGGUGGCCCAACGGUGUCAUUCCUUUUAUGAUUAGUCCUUACUUCAACGCGCAACAACAGAGAGUUAUAUACGACGCAAUGGACGACUAUCACAAGUACACGUGCAUCAGAUUUAAGCCGUACACGGGCGAGGAGAGCGAUUACGUCAGAAUCACAGCCGGUAACACCGGAUGCUGGAGCAGCGUGGGUAGAAUUGGCGGCCGGCAGGAUCUAAACCUUCAGGUUCCCGGUUGCCUGACGCAGAAGGGCACGGUGAUACACGAGCUGAUGCACGCCGUCGGCUUUUUGCACGAGCACAGCAGAUACGAGCGGGACGAGUACGUGGACAUACUGUGGGACAAUAUCUCGAACGGUCACGCGCACAAUUUUAAUAAGGCCCCCCCGGAGAUCACCCACGCAUUCGGCGUCGGUUACGAUUACGGCAGCGUGAUGCACUACUCGUCAACGGCGUUCUCCAAGAAUUAUCAAUUAAAAACCAUCGUGCCCAAAAGACAACUGGAUGGUAGCAUUUUGGAUCUUAUUGGCGGAAUCUUCCAGGGUGACAGAGAGAUAAAGCUCGGUCAGAGGGAGGGUUUCAGCAAGAAAGACAUUCUGAAAGUCCGAAGGAUGUACAGAUGUGGCCAGCGUACUGGCAUAAUCAGUUACGUCGACGAUCAGUACUAAUGAAUGAACAUUGACGAUUCAGCAGUUUUCGCAUGUGUUGAUACAAAAAAAAGACAAAAAUCUUGAUUAGAGUUAAUUAAUAAGAAUCUUCGCGUAAUAAGAAAGAAAGAAAGAAAGAAAUAUCUAGUCUUGUAUGCAAAACGUAUGAUUAUGUCUCUUUAAAAAUAUGUGAACAGCAAAUA